AUGAAAGAAAGAAGAUACAAUAGCAUAUAUAAAAAAGAUGACAAAAUGGAGGCCUUUAGAAAUAAUAACAAAAAUAAGAUACACAUUAUAAAAGUAUCAUUAAUGAAUUUCUUAAGUGUAAUUAUUUUUAUUAUACUAUAUAUUAUCUCUUUGCAUGUAUUUUUUUAUAAGACCAACUCUUUUGAUUUCUCUUUACACGCACCAAUACUAUAUUCAAAUGGAAGAUUCAAUAGAAUUUUAUAUACUACUGAAAAAAAGAAGGUUAACAGAAGGGUACAUAUACAAACACAAAGAGAACCACAAAAUUGUAAUUAUAAAAAGUCUAUGAAAAAUUAUCUAAAAUGUUUAAAAACUGCCCCAUAUAUCGAUGAUGCAAAAUAUGGAGCCUUAAUAUCCGAAGAGGAAGAAAGAGAAAUGAAAUUAAUAAAAAAGAUGGAACUUGAAGAACUAGAAAAAAGAGAUGAAUUAAUGGAAAAAAGAAGACUUAGAAGAAUAGAGAGGAUGAAGAAAAAGGAAGAAGAGGAAAGGAUAAAAGAAGAAGAGAAAAGAAAAAAAGAAGAAGAGAAAAGAAUAAAGGAAGAAGAAGAAAGGUUGAAAGAAGAAGAGAAAAGGUUAAAAGAAGAAGAAGAGAAAAGACUAAUGGAAGAAGAACAGGAAAGACUAAAAGAAGAAGAAAAGGAAAGAUUAAAAAUGCUAGAAGAAGAUAAAUUGUAUAUGGAAAGAGAAGAACAAAACAAAAAAAUAAAAUUAAAUGUAAAUGAUAAGGUAGAAACAUUUGAAAGAUUGAAAUCAAAAAAUAUGGAUGAAAAAGAAAAAGUAGAAAAAAAGGAGGAUUCUGUAGAAAUGAAAAAAGAUAAAGUAGAAGAAAAAAAGGAUACCGAAGAAGUGAUAGAAGAAGAGGUAUCAAAAGAUAAAGAGGAUACUGAAGAAGUAGGAAAAGACGAGGUGUCAGAACAUAAAGAGGAUAAUGAAGUAGGAGAAGAAGAAAAAAUAGAAGAAAAGGAGGAUUCUGUAGAAGUAGGAGAAGGUGAGGCAUCAGAAAGUAAAGAGGAUACUGAAGAAGUGAGAGAAGAAGAGGUAUCAGAAGACAAAGGGGAUACCGAAGAAGUAGGAAAAGAGGAGGCAUCAGAAGAUAAGGAGGAUUCUGUAGAAGUUGGAGAAGGCGAGGCAUCAGAAUAUAAAGGGGUUGUUGAAGAAGGAGGAGAAGAAGAGAAAGUAGAAGAAAAGGAGGAUUCUGUAGAAGUAGGAGAAGGCGAGGCAUCAGAAGAAAAAGGGGGUGUUGAAGAAGGAGGAGAAGAAGAGAAAGCAGAAGAAAAGGAGGAUUCUGAAGAAGUAGGAGAAGGAGAAGAGUCAGAAGACAAAGGGGACACCGAAGAAGUAGGAAAAGAGGAGGCAUCAGAAGAUAAGGAGGAUACUGAAGAAGUAGGAAAAGGCGAGGCAUCAGAAAAUAAAGAAGAUACUGAAGAAGUAGGAAAAGAGGAGGCAUCAGAAAAUAAAGAAGAUACUGAAGAAGUAGAAGAAGGAGAAAUAUCAGAAAAUAAAGAAGAUACUGAAGAAGUAGAAGAAGGAGAAAUAUCAGAAGAUAAAGGGAAUACCGAGGAAGUAGGAGAAGGAGAGGUAUCAGAAAAUAAAGAAGAUACUGAAGAAGUGAGAGAAGAAGAGGUAUCAGAAAAUAAAGAAGAUACUGAAGAAGUGAGAGAAGAAGAGGUAUCAGAAGAUAAAGGGAAUACCGAACAAGUAGGAGAAGGAGAAGUGUCAGAAGACAAAGGGGAUAAUGAAGAAGUAGGAGAAGAGGAGGCAUCAGAAGAUAAGGAGGAUACUGAAGAAGUAGGAGAAGGCGAAGUAUCAGAAAAUAAAGACGAUACUGAAGAAGUAGGAGAAGGAGAAGUGUCAGAAGACAAAGGGGAUAAUGAAGAAGUAGGAGAAGGCGAAGUAUCAGAAAAUAAAGAAGAUACUGAAGAAGUAGGAGAAGGUGAGGUAUCAGAAGAUAUAGGAGAUGCUGAAGAGUAUAUAAGGGGUAAAGAAGAAGUAAAGGAACCCGAAGUAGGAAAUGAUAUCGAAGAAGAAAAUAAAGAAAAUUAUAUAAAAAAUUUAGAUGUGCAAGAUAAUUUAUAUGAAAUUAAUGUUUUAAAUGGAGGCGAUAUAAUAUCCUUUUUAGAAAAUAAAAAUAAACUUAUACAGAAUGAAGGAGAAGAAGAUGAUGAUUUGAAUAAUAAUAUAGUUCAUGAUAUUACUGAUAAUAUUUGGAAUAGUAUAAUAUAUGAUGAUGAUAAUAAUAAUAAUAAUAGUAAGACAAAUAGUAGUUCAGAAGAAGAUAUUUUGGAUGAUAAAAAAUUAGAUGAUAAUACAAGAAAAACUAUGAAAAAAAAUUAUUAUGAACUUUUAAAUGUAAAAGAAGAUUCCGAUAUAAAUGAAAUUAGAAGAAAGUUUUAUAAUUUAUCUUUAAAAUAUUAUCCAAAGAUGGAUAAUGAUAAGAAUUUAGUGUUGAAUAAUAAAUUUGAGAAUAUAAGUGAGGCAUAUCAAAUAUUGGGUUAUGAGAAUAGAAGAAAAUUAUAUGAUUCUGGUGAAUUCGAUGAAAUAGAUAAAAUGAUUAUUAUUGACCCAGUUAUAUUUUUUAAUUUAAUAUUUACAUCUGAUAUGAUGUAUGAAUAUACUGGAAAUAGUCAAGUAUCUUCUUUUGUUAAAUUUUUUUUUGAGAAAAAUAUUUCUAUUGAAGAUAUAUCUUAUUAUGUUGGUGAGAUUAUGAACGAAAUGAUUGAAGGACAAACAAUACGAGAAGAGAAAAUAGCUGAAUUAUUAAAAGAUAAAUUAGAUUUAUAUAUAGAUAAUGAAGAUGAAUGGGAGAAAUUAAUGGAAAAUGAAAUAAGCAUGUUAUUAAAAUCUUCAUUUUCUAAUUUUAUAUUAGAAUCUAUAGGUUGGACAUAUGAGAAUGUUUCUAAUAUUUUUUUGGAAGAAAAAGAAAAUUCUGAUAUAAAUAAAAAAGAUAUAUAUAUAAAAGAAGCUAAUGAGAGAAUAAUUAGAAAUUCAAUUAUUUUGAGACAAUGUAAAAGUCGUUUUAUAUCUAUAAUAACAAAUUAUUAUCCUUUUAAAGAACAAAAUAAUCCUUUUAUAAAGAAGGCACAAUAUGUAUCCUCAUCUAAUUAUAUAUUGAAUGAUAUGAAAAAUAUGGAUUAUACAAUGGAUAAUAUACAUAGAGCCAUUGAUGAUUUAUCCAAUGAAAAUAUAUCAAUUUUAUUAGAAGAAGAAAAAAAAGAAAUACUAGAAGAAAUAUUAAGGAAUAUUUUAAAAAUUAUUUUGUGUGAUAUUGAAACAACAGUAAGAAGAUCAGCACAAAUAGUAUUACAAAAUGUAGAAGGAGAUAAAAAUUUGAUGUUUAAAAGAGCUAAAGGAUUACAAUCAUUGGGUAAAAUGAUACUACAGAAGGUUAAUUGA